UGUACUUCCAUGGUAACGUCACAAAUCAUACGCGACAGCCAUCAUGGGUUUAUCGGACUGGAACGUUUUGCCAGAUUUGGUUCUUUUGGAGGUAUUUUCUCAACUUGGGGAUGAGGAUCGUUUGACAACUGCGCUUGUGUGUAAAAAUUGGCACCGAAUAUUUCAGAGCCCACAACUUUGGAGAGCAAGAAGAGUGAUAUUUAGUGCAGAAAAUCCCUUUACUGUAGCAACCAAGUCUUUGGGAUUUCUGAAGUCGUUUGGGAAAAACUUAAAAGACCUUACUGUUGGAUUUUCUUCUCCAAAUUUCCGGAAUGCGAAACAAAUUUCGAAGGCUUCGGAAUUGUUUUUUAGAAAAGCUUCUUGUAUUUCGGACUUGCGAAUCAGAGAAUUUACACUUCAAAACGCCAAUAUGGAGGUACACUGGCAUUUCAUUUUGUCUAGAAACCGUAUUAUUUCGGCUUUGUGUAAGUUCUUGAGAAGUUUGCAAGAGGUUUCAUUGAUUAAUUUUAUUGCAGCCAAAAUGUCGCUGACAGAUGGUUGCCGAGUUUUAGAAUCCCUUGGAAGAGGAAAGGCUUCAAAGACUUUAAAAACAGCAUUCAUAGAAGACAUGUUUCAGGCUCAUGUCUCUCCAAAUAGACACGAAAGAUACACGUCGGCUAUCACUAAAUUCAAAAGUAUUUCAUGGAUGUAUACAAACUAUAAUACAAUUAAUAGCGCAAUAUUGUCGAACAUAUCCAAACAUAUGGGGAAACAGUUUCAUAAGUUAACCUUAACGAUAGACUCUGAUGUCAGCUCAAAUAUAAUACAAAACAAACACUGGAACGAUUUUUCUAGCAAUUGUCAAAACGUCGAGGUUGUGCUGUACAUUUAUGCUUCCGCAUUUAAACAAGAUGUGCCAUCAAUUCUUGUUUCUGGAAUCCCAUUGAAGGAAAUAGACAUUGUUUCUUGGCCGUCCACUGAGAGUGCCAGAAGAGCCCUGGAAUCACAAAUUUCAAGAACUCUUGGUCACAUAUCAACGACGUUUUGUCAUCGUUUAGAAUGCUUAACUUUGCACUUGGACCGCAAUCCGCCAAUUGACUCGGAUCUUCUGCUAGUACUCAAAAGAUGUAAACAACUGAAAGAAUUGAACUUAUAUUGCAAAAUCCGGGUUGAAACAGUCCAAGCAAUGUGCCAGAUGCAACAGCAACGAAUGAUAGAUCUACAUGCUAUAACCCUGGCUAUACAUGGUUUGUCCGAGAUUGAGUGGCGGACACUGACGGAAGUCCGCGGGGAUCUGAUAGAAGCGGUCAGCAGGCGCAAAUCCCGCUUAUUAUGUAUUGGAAACAGUGAAAAUUAAAGAAAAGAUUUUUCCA